AUGGAGGUGGCUGGGUUCUCCAUUGUGACUCGUGAACUCGGGUACUGGGCUGAGAAGGAAAUGGUCGAACUCUCCGGAGGAGCCGGGGCCGGGCGCAGCUGCCGCCCGCCCGCUCUCCCGGCGGGGGGAGCCCGCUGGAGGGCGCCCGGCCCGCGCCGCCGCCGCCCCCGCCGCGGGCAGCGCUGCUGCCGGCACCGGAGCGGGGACCGGAGCGGGGACCGGAGCGGGGCCGCCGCGCCAGCACCCUGCGCUCUGGAGUGGCUCUCGCAGUGCCCCGCCUGUGCAGCACCGCCGGGACCCCGGGGGGCGUGGGGUCCGCUGGCGGGCGGGGAUGGGGCCGGGGGGGAGCGGUCCCCGCGGGGGGCCGGGCAGCGGGGGUGGGAUCUGCUCCGCGUAAUCCCCCAUGGGGGGGCGGCGGGCCGCGCUCGGAGCAUCCCCCCUUCCCCAGCGCGGGGGGAGGCGCGGGGGAGCCGCCACCCCCCGCUUCCUCCGUUUAAGACCCGGGCUGGCGGAGCGAGCGCAGGAGAGCGGCCGCUCCGCAGCUCCGGCCCCACGCCCGCGGCGCACGGGGCGGCGCUGGAUGCGCCGGCGGCGGGAGGCGGGCGGCAGCCGAGCGGGACCCCGCGCAGCGGCGCGGAGCGCGGCGCGAUGAGCGCGGGCAGCGGCGCCGCCGGCGCGGCGGGCACCGCCACCUCCGUGCUGUGCCUGCUGCUCUCGCUCACCGCCGUGGCCGUGUGCCUGCUGCUGGGCGCCAAGACGGCGGAGCUGCAGGGCCGGCUGGCCGCGCUGGAGGAGCGGGGCGCCGCCGGCCACGGGCCGCUGCUGGACGCGCUGCAGCCCCGCGUGGAGCAGCUGUUCCGCGAGAAACUUGGUGACGGACUUGCGAAGCUGCGGACGGCGCGAGAGGCCCCGUCAGACUGCGUGUGCCCCCCAGGGCCCCCGGGGAGGCGAGGGAAGCCUGGCCGGCGUGGAGAACCCGGACCUGCAGGGCAGUCAGGACGUGAUGGUUACCCGGGGCCUCUUGGCUUGGAUGGCAAACCAGGACCUCCAGGACCAAAAGGGGAAAAGGGGGAAGCAGGAGACAUCGGCCCAAGGAUGGUUUUUCCCCACCUCAAUCAUGGAUUUCUGGCUAAUGAUCAGCUUGUCUUUAGCCGGCGAGUGCUCAAGGGUGAUCAAGGUCGAGAUGGAGCCAUGGGCCCCCCUGGUCCGCCAGGACCCCCAGGUGCCCGAGGGCCUCCUGGUGACACAGGAAAGGAUGGCCCAAGAGGACCUCCAGGCUCCCCUGGUUUCAAAGGCGAGCCGGGAGAGGAUGGAGUCAUGGGUGCCAGAGGACCUCCAGGACCAAAGGGUGAGCCUGGUGUCCAAGGGAAAAAGGGUGAUGAUGGGAUCCCUGGGGAACCAGGACUUGUGGGCCCUAAGGGAGAAAAAGGAAGCGUGGGUCCCAAGGGAGAGAAUGGCACAGAUGGCUUCCCAGGACUAAAGGGUGAACCUGGUGAGAAGGGAGGAAUUGGCUCCAUUGGACCCCGGGGUCCCCCCGGGCUGAAAGGGGAACAAGGAGACACCGUCGUGAUCGACUACGACGGCCGAAUCCUGGACGCACUCAAGGGUCCACCAGGUCCCCAAGGGCCACCAGGCCCCCAAGGUGCUCCAGGUCCCAAGGGAGAGCUGGGCUUGCCAGGUCCACCUGGAAUGGAUGGUGAAAAGGGUCCCAAAGGAGCAAAGGGUGACCAGGGCAGCGCAGGGAUCAUGGGGCAGAAAGGAGAGACAGGAGAAAUGGGCUCAGCAGGUCCCCCGGGAGCAGAAGGGCCAAAAGGAGACAAAGGAGAAAAAGGAGACACCGGGUCACCGUGUCUGCAGAAUAAUCAUAUCAUACCUGAGCCUGGACCCCCUGGCUUACCUGGCCCUAUGGGUCCUCCAGGAAUCCAGGGGCCUAAAGGUUUGGAUGGUGCAAAGGGAGAAAAAGGUGACAGUGGUGAGAAGGGGGACCACGGUGACACUGGACCUGCUGGUCUCCCAGGUGUUCCCGGGCUCAUUGGUUUACCUGGUACCAAAGGAGAGAAGGGAAAGCCAGGGGAGCCAGGACUGGAUGGUUUCCCAGGCCUCAGAGGAGAGAAAGGAGAGAGAAGUGAAAGAGGCGAGAAGGGUGAACGAGGAGUACCGGGGAGAAAAGGGGCCAAAGGACAGAAGGGGGAACCCGGCCCUCCCGGACUGGAUCAGCCUUGUCCCGUGGGAGAUCAUAGCAUUGCAGGCAGCAAAAGGGAUCCAGGUUUGCCAGGCCUGGAUGGGGUGAGCCUGCCCUGCCCUUUGGGACCAGACGGACUGCCAGUAGCAGGAUGUUGGCAUAAGUGAUCUCUAAGCAUGAAGCACAAUAUGUAAAUAAUGUGAUAUAUUUUGAUCUUUUUGAUUUUUGUAUAAAAAAAGAAAAAAAAAAACUUUUGACAGUAAUAUAUUGACCUUUUUUUAUACUGGAUUCUGACAUUUAUGGACUUGGAAAAUAAUGUAAAGUUCCCAAACCCAUAAAAUGUGCAUGGUAACACAACAGGAUUUGAUAAAGGUGCCGAUGACAGUAGCUGGGGAUGAACAGUGUUCACUGCUCAUGCUGCAAUGUGAACUAACAGUACUGAGCCAGCCUCGUGUGCCUUAUUGCAUGAAGGAGGGCAAAAUCCCUGUCCUAAUUUGGCUCUCAACUCCAUAUUUGCAUUGCACAUGCACAUUAAAAGGGUGAAAAAACCUGGCUGAAAACAAAGAAAAGGAUGCAGCCCUAAAAAAUGAAAGAAGCUGCUGUCUACUGUCUGGUCAAACAGGAGAAGGAUUUGCAACCUGCAGAGGAAACAAAGCCAAGCUCCAUCCAUUGCUAUCUGCUGUGGGCGUGAUGGAAACAGCAACUCUGGGGCUAGACAGAACAACCUUGACUGCCUGUGGUUAUUUCUUCUACAAUCAACAGAAACUUUUAUCCUCAAGAGGAAGCACCUCUGGGUCCUGUUCUGGGGUCUGUGCCUGAAGAUGUGCAAUCACUUUGUUACUGUGGGACAUAAAUUCCCCAGGAAGCCUCUGCUACAGAAUUUCAAAACAGAAAAACCAGGCAAUACUUUCAGUGCAGGGAGUUGCAGGACAGGGAAGGCUCUGCUUAAGUCCCUUCUUAAACAACACAGCACACAAUGUUGCUCUUGGAGUUCCCAGAAAUUGGGAGUUUGGAGUAUUUAAUUGUCUUGGUUUAUGGGGUUCAUUUGUUUUUUAUUUCUUCUUGGUUUAUAUAGUUUUAACUGUAAACUAACUCUGCACUCUCCUCUUGUUGUCUUAUUUCUCUUCACCUUUUCAGUCUCUUUUGUUAAAUUAUCUCAGGCAUAUCCCAUGCAGAGCAGGGUAAUGAAUAAAAUCAGUAUUAUUUUGAUAUCUGCAUAUGCCACUGUGGGAUCAACUAAAAAUUGCAAACUAUUCCACAGUUCACAUUUUUUAAGAUGUUGAAAAAAUAGCAAUUGUGCAGCAGAGAGCCAUAAAAGAUAUUUCAGAGGAAGAAGAUGGCUUACAGCUGAGUCUGUUCAGCUUACAAUGAAGAUCAAGAGGCAACCAGAUUCCUUUACAGGGAGGAGGUACUUUGUAUUAACAAGUUUUUAAACUGAACAGAGAAAGAUAUGCAAACAUUCACCCCAUGGGUAGAAGCUGAAGCCACACAAACUCAAAGAAGUAAGCUGUGGAUUUUUAUUGGUAAAACUGGUUAGUCCUAAGCAGACCAGUGAUAUAAUUGCCAUCACCUUAAUGCCUUUUUGAUUUAACAGAUCAUGUCUGGAGGAAAUACUUAGCUCAAUACAAUUUGCUGGGUUCUGUGUAGGAGUCUUAGGUGAAAUUAAGAGCCCGACCAUAAUAUCAAACAUGGUAUUACGGCUCUUUCUGGCCUUGAUCUUAGAAAAUACAGAAGGGAGGCAUUUUUGGUGCACUGAGUAGAUCCAAAACCUCUGUUAAGAUUCUUGUUUCAUUGCCACUCUUACUGCAGCUACUGCCAGAGAGGGCUUGAGAGAGGGACGUGACCAUCCAGGUGCAACCUGCCCUGUACAAGAUGACCUAGUGCUGAAAGUCUUGCUCAGAUAUUCUGAAGAACAGUUGGAAUGUGCUUUGUGCUCCACACAGGUAGGGUGAUGUCUGGUGUCUUGAGUUCUCAUCUCUGACCAGGCUCUGGGUGUCCUUGAGCUUAUCCCCAGAGUCAGGGGAGCCUGUGCUCUGCACUGGUCAAUGCUGAAAUGACCACCAAGCUCGGGAGAGGUGACACAGCUUAUGGCUGUAGGCAGUGAAUUUUUUACCUGUUGGCUGCUUAGGGGCUACACCUACACAUCACUGGCUUUGUGGCUGUACUUGGCAUCUCUACCAGUUACUCACUGUUUCCUUGGUCACCAUAUAGAUUAAAUCCAUGUAAAUUCAGAUCAACUAACAAAUCAAGAAACAACAAUUAUGUAACUCAAAACAGCAAUGAAAAUGCAUUUUAUUUACUUCCAUUUCAUGUUCUCAGCUAUCAGUUUUGGUGUAGGGGUUUUUAAAGGCAUAAGGAGCAGCUAACAAGCUUCCACUGGCCUUUAGUGCUUUUGAAAAACCCCUUUAAUAUCCCAAAUUAAAGCUAAAAAAUUUUCUGUGAAAGUUUGAAGGCAAAUCUCUCAUUGAUGUCACCAGGAAGAUCUGUAAUUGUUCCCUUAAUGUACAGUUGUUCUUCCCAUCUCCCCCAGUCAUCUCCAAACUAAAAGCAGUUCACUAUUCCAAACCACGCUGUGGGCUUCUACACUCAAAUUCCUGCACAUGUCGUGUUCAUGGAACUUCUUUCAGUAUCAAUGAGAGUUCAGUCCCCAGAAUGACUGCAGAAAGCACAAGAAUCUGGAAGUGUCCACAAACAAUCUACAAUGCAGAUAGAAAAGUCUUGUUUUACAUACGCUGGCAAAAACUAAACAGCUUUCUAUCUAGCUCCUACUUGAAGAAGUUUGGUAUCACUGAAGCUACAAGACAAGCUAACCUCCAAAGCUUAUGAAAUUAUAUUAAAAUUUAUAUUUUCUCUGAGGAAAUACCCCGAAGUCCUAUUAUCUUCAGGUAAACAAGUCAGUAUUCCGUCUUCAACUUGUGGAAUAUCCAGUGCUUGUAGGCAUCAACUGUGACCACUGCCAGGCCUGCAAAACAUUGAUACAGAAUACCAGAAUAGUGCUUUACCCUCUCACCCCUCUGCAAGGCCACCGUCCCCCUCCCAGCACAGAGGCUCUGCUGCCACAGCACCCAAGACAUUUGUUAGUAAUGGAGGAAGGCUGGAAUUACCACCCUAGCACAGGAGUGCAGCUGUAUCCACCCCCAUCAGUGCUACAACAGCUCAGCUACCAAACCUGUUUGUGAUCCUCUUUGGAAAUUCCUAGGCAAAGGUCCUUGGCUGGUUCUGCAUGUACAAAGAUCACCUAUGCACCUGCAGCCAGUCAGGAAUAUUCAGGACAUUGGACUCACUGCUCAUGUGCAGUGGCUUCUCUGAACUCCUGCUGCUGCCCCUCCCAUCAGGAAUGCUGGCAGGUAGGGAUCCUGCUGCAUACUGUUGCCACUUUGGCUAUGAGGAACUAACCAGUAGGUCUCCAAGGCUUGUGGGUGGUACAUCUACUCUACCAACCUCUCGUCAUCAAAGGAGCAGAGACCUAUGGAGAGCAGAGCUCCCGGGAGCAGAGCAGGGAAUGGAUCCCCCAGCAGGGCUGUCACUGGCACCUGAAGUUCUUCCUGGUCCUCAGCUGAGAUUGGUGCAUUUGGCCUUUAUAUUCUGAACAGUGUACCUGGUUCCCUGCCCAUGGCACAGAGUUGGACCUAGACAAUCUUUAAAGACCAUUCCAAGCCCAGCCAUUCUGCGAUUAUCAAUCGUAUUAUUCAUGAUUGACUUUAUCAGAGAAACUGUUGGGUUUUGUACUGAUUACACAGAGUCUAAGAGGAAAUCUGUUUAGACUUCCAUGUGCCUUACAUGCAAACAUAUUUAGAAGAGUAGUUGUUAAAUACAGAGCAGUUAUGAUCUUACUGCAAUGAGUUAAAAAGAUGUGCUUUGCUCUGCAAAUUCAUGCCAGAUCAGUUGAUUAUUUUCUCCUUCCAUAUGAAAAUGUUCAUCUGGGUCUUUCUGAAUACUUUGACUUUGCGAAUAGCUCACAAAGACAAAUUUUACUUUUAGGUAGUACUGGCAGGCCUGCUCAAAACUCAGUCACGAUCUCAGGCUUUCACAAAGCUUAGGGUUUUUUCACCCAGGAAACUUCUCUUUUGUUUUCCCCUCUGGUUUGAAAGAAUCUGAGACUGCUUUACAGCAAUUCCAAAAUGCAGCUGUAUGUUACCACUGUAUGUCAGCAGCAAUGAAGAUGAUUGACAGGGACACUGCUAAUACUUAUGAAAUGUGGGUCAGUCUGGGACUGAGGCACUGUUUUUUCUUGAUCACUAGAAUAUUUGGUGUAUCUUAAUGGAUUCAUCAAUAACAUUCUGGGUAACACAUUGAAGUUAGUGAUACUGGGGGAACCUGAAACUCAGACAAAUGUAUUUUUGUUUUCUAGUUGACAAAACAAAAUUCCUGCCUCUAAUUUAACUGCCUGUGAAAGCCUGGUGGUUUCCAUGAGGUUAAGCUAACCAUGUCUGCUGCUGCCCAGGAGCAGAGGACACACAGCUUUCUUUAAGGCUUGUUCCAUUUAAAACUGUAGCUAAUGACCAUCUUUCCAAUCACUACCAACAUUCUCUCUCUAACACACUGUAGCCCAAUCAGUUUUGGAAGCAAAGCUCCCAAACUGAAUCGUAAGGGCACAAGAACUCACUUGAGACCCCUAAAAGGUUUUUCAGCCACAAAGCUCUGCAGGCAGGGCUGCCGUGCCAUGAGACAAAGCAAGUGCAUUCUGUGACUGAGGCUGGAGCUGCUACUGGCUGUGGUUGUGUCAGUGCUGGUGCUCCAGGAGUGGUGAUGCUGCACCCAACUGUGAGUAUGGACAGCACUCCCUAAAGCUCCUGGGGAGGAUGGAUUUAGGGAAGAAGGUAAAAAGACCCCAUGUGUAUAACUCCACAGUACUGGCAGCUUAAGAGGAACCUUGCCAGAGCAUGAACCCGAUGAUUUGGCCUGUUCUGAUGGGGACAAAUGAGAUUAAUUAAGAGUUUUGCAGCUCCAUCAUGCCUUGGCCAGUGAGCUCAGGAAUAUUUCUGUGGAUUAUGAAACAGGUGCAGAGAAAUCCUGAUCUGACCCAAAACUGAAACAGUUUCCAAGUGUCAGCUCAUCAAUAUUUUAGUUUAAAAAAAUCAUUAUCAGGAUAUUGCCACAUGCUUUGUUUUAUUCCCACGGGGAGUCAUCUCUCCUGUAUGCACUGCUUCUGACAACUCCUGUAUAUAUAAUGGUGAUGAAUUUAUUUCUGUAUGGAUUUCUCUCCUGUGUAUUUAAAAAUAAGAAUGUUUCUUUUAAUGAUAAGCAACUUUCUGAUGUGUUUUCUUUUUAGGAAACUAAUAGAUAAAAUAUUUAGAUGAGCUUUUGUCUUCUGUAAUUUCAUAGAUUCAGCAUUUGAAAUCCUCAAGCAAACCAGCAGAACAUAUGGGAGGUUUCAGCAGUUUAAGACAUCCAAUGCAAUGAUGCAAAGUAAUCCAUGGAAAAUGACACCUGUGGUUUUAAGAUUGUUAUAGUAUCCACUACCCAGGGUAAAGUUUUAUAUAUAAGGGUUUUGCACUCAGCCAAAUAUAGCAGGCUCUUGGGCAAGAAUGCAAGAACUCACACGUUGUAAUGCACAAUUGAUUAAAAUAAGUUAAAAAAAUUAGUUAAACAAUUAAGAUGGCAAAAAGUUUCCAGCUUUAUCAUAAUGGUAAAUAACUCCUCUGGCCUGUCAAUGUAAUAUGUGCAUUACAAAGGUGUUCCCUGGUCAGUGAAUGCUGGUUCAAUGCUGCCCUCUAGAGGAGACUUUUUUUUAAAUAGAAGCAAUUUUUAUGCAAAUUUUAUGCUGUGACAGUAUCCCUAAUUUACAGCAGACAUGACUUUUGUGUAACUCUAUGAUUUGAACAGAUAUUUGUAAAACCAGGAGUGCAUGGAUAGAAACUUCUCUUUUUUUUUUUUUCCAACUCUGGUAUUUCUUUCUUGGGAAAUACCAUUGUAUUCUCAAGUUUUUUUCGGUCCCACUGCUGCCCAGAUAAUUUACACUGCUACACAACUAAAAUCUACCUAUAGUAGGCUUCCUGACACAUUUCUAUUUUUUAAAUUUUAAGCAUGGAAGCUCUGAAUUAUUUUCUUUGUAUGCAACAGAUUUAUCUUUAAGAUAUGCAAAAUAUUAAUAAUAACAAAUGAUAAAAAUAUAAAAACUUAAAUGUCCCCAAACCACUCAUCCUGGACAAAUAGUUGCAGGUAUGUGGCUGAAUUCAGAUGAGUGAGUUUGGAUCCAAUGUGCUGUAACAUAGGAAGGAGUGUCCUCAGCAAUGUCCAGGGGUAGAAAGAACCUCAGUAUUGCUUUGUUUAGUUCAAACUUCCUGGUUUUUACCUGUUCAGGACAGGCUGACAUGCUGUGCAGCACAGCUAGCCUUGCAGGGGGUUUAACCAGAAGACUUUCAAAUGAGAAAUGAAAUAUAUGGAUAAUUUCAAGAGGCCUGUGACACUAGCUUGCCAAGACAAUCACUGUGGCACACACUGAACCUGGCAACUUCACAGGACAGCGUAUAUUAUGUAAGCGUAUUUCUUGACUCUUUUGCAAUAGUGUUUUAAUUUUUUUUUAACAAAAAGGAGGGGGCAGAGAGAAACGUCUGGUCACUCUAGUGAGUCCAGUCUCAGUGUCAUUUACUGGAAUCACCUGCCUUUUAACUGUGUCCCUGGCACUGCACUGGACCUGGCCAUAAUUAGUUCAGCUCGAAGUACUCCACAGCUCCACUUGGGAGAAUCUAUUGCAGACUGAAGCAAACCAGUGAGUAAAAAAUCCAUUUCCUAAACUUUAUUUUCCCUGGUGAUCAUUUAUAUUUGUAAGCUAAAAAUUACUUUUAGUAUUUUCACACCCCCAGGUGAAUUACUGCAACUUUGCCCUGUGCUUGUGUCCCAUUAGAUGGCACAAUACAAGGGAUGUGUGACUGUUGUGUAACCUGCAGCUAAAGUAAGUGCUGAAAAUCUGUCACUUAGAAAUGAAUGGAGGAAGGACUUAAUAGAUGUUAUUAUUGUAUACUAUUGUAGAGAGCCUGGGGGAAACCACAGGAAGGCUGGGAAACACAAGUUUUCCAUGCGUAAGAAGUUGAAUUAUUGACAAGAGAGUGGAGUAAGAAAUACAUUAAUAACAUUUGUGGUUUUCCUAUGUCUUAGAACAAACAAUUCCUGUUUUGUUAAGUUCUGGUAGAAGUUGCCUUAAGUGUGGUUUCAUGGAACAGUCAGCUCACUUCUGUGUCAGCUCACUUGUGUGGUCCCUAUUAAUACCAUAGGUAUUAAUGAACAGAAACUUAAAAUGGACGUGAUCCCAAGUAUCUGUAAAUGACACCGAUACCAUCUGCUGCUUUUUAUUAUACUGUUAAACACUGAAUUGAAAAGUUCAUUUUACAUGAAUUUAUUAAGUGUAGGUGAGUGCUUAUCAGACUUGCAUUUCUGCAAUUACAUAAAAAAAUUAGGAUCUGGUUUUGCAAAGCAAAAGCACCCAUGAUAUCCACUGAAUUUGUGAAUUUAGCAGGAAAGGUCAUUAAGUUGCCAUCAGUGCAAAUGAGAGCUGGAGCCUGUUGUGUUUGCUGGUUUGUUUCAUAGAAUGCAGUUUAAGACACAAUUUCGUAACAGCUUUUUGUGUUUCAAUUUGGGUUUCUCAAAAAAUAAUCAAAAAUACGGAAUAUGAAGAAUGUUCAGCACAAAUAUCACAGUCAAAACUGAAAGCCCCCCUGCUUUGUUGCAUUACAUGACUUUGGACAUAGAAAUGUUACAAAACUGGUGCAUAUAUUAGCAUUUGAGAAAACUGUACCUGCUGGUAUUUCAAAUCUGACAAUCUUACUUAUUUGUAUACAGUUUAUAAAAAUACAUGCAACAUGUGCCUUAUCUGUCCAUAUUUGUUUUGAAAUUAUACUGAUAGAGCUUAAUCCUCUACCACAUUAUGCAAAUGUCCCUUAUUUAUGUGAGCGGUUGCAUCACUCCAGGGAGGCUGUUCAAAGGAGAAAGGGCUGUUUGUGUGUUUGCAGUUUGCCAAAAAUGAGUUUUGAAUGUAUUUACAUGGUAUUUUAUACAAAGCUGGCUAAAUUGCUGUAAAAUGUAUCACCUUUGAAAAGAAAGAUAGAUAUUGAAAUUACAGAAAAUGUACUUCACAUUUCUAUUUGCAAACUUUUUGUGAUUUUUGAUCAUGUAUGUGCCAGGAAAAGUAUUCUAUUUACUCUUCUCUGGGGAACAAUUACUUUAAAAAUGAAGGCAUUAAUAACAGUAUUUCUUAUCCAUUGUUUUAACAUGUUAAAAUGGUAUUAAUUAGUACUGCAUCAUGUAUUUUUAGUUUAAAGCUGUAACGGACAAUAUUGAGACCUAAAAAAAUAUGGUUUUCUUUCGCUUUUUUUAAUAAAAGCAAAGACUAGAUUUUAAAAAAUGGUCUCUCUGUACAGAUUACUUAUACAAUUGUGUGAAUAUGUAUAAUGAACUCUGCAUUUGUAACCAAGAGCAAACUUUCUAAAUUGUAAAUGUUCAGGUUGUUAUUAUAAAUAGCUAGUAAAUAUCUUAACCAGACAAGAGUUCAAAUAAAGAUUAACAGCCAUUAUUAA